AUGUCUGACAACAAGAAACUGUUGGCCUUGCUUCAACGCCCUUCAGAACCCACGUUCUUCCCGAAGGAUGGCGGCAAAACGUUGGUGGACCUACCGGAAGAGUAUCUCACCGAGCGGUACCGUCCGAUCGGUGCGUCUCUGCAGACCCGCUUCUCUAGCGAAGCGGACACGCGCAUUCCCGUACGAGCCCUGCCCACGCCGGACCUUGCGUUUGCCGAGGCACUGCCACGCCGGGGCAAUUUCUCGCUCUUCAUCCCAAAGCAUCGCCAGAUCGCCGGCGAGCUGAUUGCGCUCUUCCUGAACCAACCAAACGUGGAUGCGCUCAUGAGUGCGGGAUCGUACGCCCGGGACCGUUUGAACCCGAUCCUGUUCCAGUACGCCAUGUCGGUGGCGAUCCAGCACCGGGAGGACACGAAGAACCUGAACAUCCCAACGUUCCUCGAGCUGUUCCCGGAUUCGUUUAUCGAUCCAUCAACGUUUCCGAAGCUGCGCGAAGAGGGUUCGGCCGUCCUGCAGAAGGACCGCAUCACGGUAGACAUACAAAUGAACUACACGGCCUCGGAUCGCGAAGAAGAGCAACGAAUGGCGUACUUCCGGGAGGACAUCGGAGUGAAUCUCCAUCACUGGCACUGGCAUCUGGUGUACCCGGGCGAGGGUCCCGACCGUGUCGUUAACAAGGAUCGUCGUGGAGAGCUGUUUUACUACAUGCACCAGCAGCUGAUCGCUCGCUACAAUGUCGAUCGCUUCUGUAACCGUUUGGCGCGGGUGCGUCCACUGACAAGUCUACGCGAGCCAAUUCCCGAGGGAUACUUCCCGAAACUUAUUCGAAGCUUCACCAACCGUGCAUUCCCUGCCCGGCCUCAGAACCAUGUGUUGCGGGAUUUGAAUCGCAUUGAGGACGACGUGGUACUCUCGAUCAGUGAUCUGGAACGCUGGGGAAGCCGCAUAGCCGAGAGCAUCGAUGGUGGUUACGUGGUGGGCCCCGGUGGAGCACGUACCCCUCUGGAUGAACGGACGGGCAUCGACGUGCUGGGCAACAUCAUGGAACCGUCGGCACUGUCGGUGAACUCGCAAUACUAUGGAAACUACCAUGGUCAUAUGCACAAUCUCAUCGCGUUCAGUCAUGAUCCAGAGAACCGCUUCCUGGAGGGGUACGGUGUGGUGGGCGAGUUCCAGACGGCCAUGCGUGAUCCCACGUUCUACCGUCUGCACGCGCAGGUGGACAACAUGUUCCACCGUUACAAGCGCACGCUUCAACCGUACAACGCGAACCAACUGGGAUACACCGGAGUACAGAUCCAGUCACUCGGCGUUCAGCUGAACCGUGCCAACGCACCGGCCAACGUCCUGCUUACGUACUGGCAGCGUUCCAAAGUGGAUCUUUCUACAGGACUUGACUUUGGGCCGGAAGGAAACGUGUUCGCCUCGUUCACCCAUCUGCAGCACGCACCGUUUACCUAUCGGUUGACGGUGAACAACACCUCCGGAGCUGCCCGCCGUGGAACGUGCCGGAUCUUUAUCGCACCGAAGGUGGACGAACGCAACACUCCGCUCACGUUGGACGAACAGCGUCUGUUGAUGGUUGAGCUGGAUAAAUUCCAGGUGAACUUAACUCCCGGCUCCAACAAUCUGGUGCGUCGCUCGGAACAGUCAAGUGUGACCAUUCCAUACGAGCGCACGUUCCGCCCGGUUGCUCAGUCCAAUCUGAAUAUUCCGGAAACGGAAAUGUUCCGCUUCUGCAACUGCGGAUGGCCGCACCAUCUGCUCGUCCCGAAGGGAUCGGCUGAAGGCAUGAAGUUCGAUCUGUUCGCAAUGAUUUCCAACUUUGCGGACGAUAGGGUCGAACAGGUCGAUCAAAAUGUCAACUGCAACGACUCGCACUCGUUCUGUGGCCUCCGCGGACUGCCGUAUCCCGAUCGUCGCCAUAUGGGCUUCCCGUUCGAUCGUCGAAUCCCGACCGCAGUACGGUCAUUGACUGAUUUCACUCGGGCAAACACAAACAUGCGUACUACCGAGGUAACGGUUCGAUUCACCAAUACCGUGAUUCACCCUCGCGAGCCGCUGUUCCUGCCGAAGAACAACGGCACACUGUUCUACGACGUGCCGGAGAGUUUCCUGACCGCGCGCUAUCGCCCGAUUGGGCAGAAUUUGGCCAAUCGAUUCGGGCCAAACUCUUCGCUCGCUGACCAGGUGAGCCAUGAUACGGGCGUCGAGCCAACGGUGGUCCCUAUCCGUGAGCUGAAGCAGGUGCCCGAUCUCAAGUUUGCCCAGUGGAUCGAUCGGCGUGGUGGCUUUUCGCUGCUGAACGGCGAACAUCGGAAGACCGCGGCCAAGCUGAUGAAACUAUUUCUCAACCAACCGGACGCGGACACGCUGUUCGAUGUGGCGGCGUAUGCGCGCGACCGGCUGAAUGGACCCCUGUACCAGUAUGCGCUGGCGGUGGUCUUGCUUCACCGGCCGGAUACGAAGCACAUUGCCAUGCCGUCGAUUCUGCACCUCUUUCCGGACCAGUUCAUCGAUCCAUCCGCGCUGUCAGCGAUGGCGGAAGAAGGUUCGAUCGUGAUGGACGAAAAUCGGAUGGCAAUCGAAAUACCGAUGAACUUCACCGCAUCCAAUGACGACCCUGAACAACGGAUGGCGUACUUCCGCGAGGACAUCGGCUUGAAUAUGCACCACUGGCACUGGCAUCUGGUGUAUCCUUCGGCCGGCCCGGCCGAGAUCGUGCGCAAGGAUCGCCGUGGGGAGCUUUUCUACUACAUGCACAACCAGAUGCUCAAUCGUUACCAAACCGAUCGCUACGCGCAGGGUCUAGGGCGUCUGGAGUCACUGACAAGCUUCAGAAAUCCGAUCCGCGUUCCAUACUAUUCAAAGCUGCUGCGCAGCUCCAACAACCGUACGUUUCCGCCUCGUUACCCCAACAUGACGGUCAGUGACGUGGUGAGACCGAACGAUCGACUAAACGUUACCAUCACGAACAUGGAGUCUUGGAUCUCCCAAGUGAUGGCAGCAAUUGACGCCGGAACUGUCGUAGGAAGUGAUGGAGUAAGCGUACUAUUGGACAAUCCAACGGGUAUUGAAAUCCUGGUCAAUCUGGUCGAACGAUCGGCCCUCUCAAUCAAUCGCAACCUCUACGGAGACAUACACAACUCUGGCCACACACUGCUUGCCUACAUCCACGAUCCGCGCGGGACGUACCUGGAAAGCUACGGUGUCGUCGGAGGACUGGAAACGGCCGUGCGCGAUCCCGUAUUCUACAUGUGGCACAAGUUCGUUGACGAUCUGUUCCAGCGCCACAAGGCGCGGUUGACUCCGUACCGGGCGGCCGAACUGUCCAACUCUUUCAUCACUCUGCAAACACUGGAAACACAACUCGACAGUACGGGAGGCGCGAUCAACACGCUGGUCACGUUCUUGGAGCGUUCCCAGGUGGACCUCGGGGCAGGACUUGACUUUGGUCCGGGUGGAAACGCCAUUGUGACCUUCACCCAUCUUCAGCACGCCCCGUUCACGUUCCGACUGGUCCUCACCAACUCGGCCAUCGCAGGCCGGCGGGACACGGUUCGCUUGUUCCUGCUCCCGAGGGUGGACCAUCAGGGCCGUUCGCUGACGUUCGAAGAGCGUCGUCUGCUGGCGAUCGAGCUGGAUAGUUUCCAAGUGACCUUGCGGCCCGGUACGAACACCAUCGUCCGACGGUCGGACGCUUCCAACGUGACGAUUCCGUACGACCGAAUGUUUCAGAAUGUGGCGCCAACGACCGCGGGCAAUGUGCAGGCGCGAUUCUGUGGUUGCGGUUGGCCGGCACAUAUGCUACUGCCGAAGGGGAACGAGAACGGCGUCCAGUACGAUCUAUUCGCCAUGGUGUCCCGCUUCGAAGAUGAUAACGCGAACGUUACAUACGACGAAACCGUUGGAUGUGACGAUUCUUACUCGUUCUGUGGUUUGCGGGACCGCGUGUAUCCAAGCCGCCGUCCGAUGGGCUUCCCGUUCGACAGGAAAGUCUCGAGCACGGUGCAAUCCAUGGGUGAUUUUGUGGCACCGUAUCGGAAUAUGCGUCUGACUACGGUGACCCUAAGUCCCGAUGGGUAUAAAAACUGGAUGCAUUGGUCACCAUCUUCAUCAGUUGGACACGGUCCUUCGAACAAGCAAGCGAGUCUACUUCCGAGUGCAAGUGAGCAAAGUUCUCCAUUCUACGCCCAGUACACAACGAUGGCCGACAACAGGAAGCUUCUUGCCCUGCUUCAGCGCCCCCUGGAACCCACGUUCUACCCGAAGGACGAUGGCAAGACCGUGGUCGACCUGCCGGAGAACUUCCUCACCGACCGGUACCGCCCGAUCGGAGCCUCGCUGCAGAGCCGCUUUGGAAACGACGCCGAGACGCGCAUUCCGGUGCGCAGCGUCGCCCCACCAAGCAUCUCGUUCGCCGAGGCCGUGCCCCGUCGCGGAGGCUUCUCGCUGUUCAACCCGAAGCACCGUCAGAUCGCCGGCGAUCUCAUCAACCUGUACCUGAGCCAGCCCGAUGUUGACACGCUGAUGAGUGUGGCGGCGUACUCCCGCGAUCGGCUUAACCCGAUUCUAUUCCAGUACGCGCUGUCCGUCGCUAUCCAGCAUCGUCCGGAUACGAAUGAUCUGAACGUUCCCUCGUUCCUGGAGCUGUUCCCCGACUCGUUCGUCGAUCCAACCGUUUUCCCGAAGCUCCGUGAAGAGGGAUCGAUCGUUCAGGCUGAGAACCGGAUGGUUAUUGACAUCCCGCUCAACUAUACCGCAUCGGAUCGCGAGGAUGAGCAACGGUUGGCGUACUUCCGGGAGGACAUCGGUGUGAAUCUCCACCACUGGCACUGGCAUCUGGUGUACCCGGGUGAGGGUCCCGACCGUGUCGUCAACAAGGAUCGUCGUGGAGAGCUGUUCUACUACAUGCACCAGCAGCUGAUCGCUCGCUACAACGUGGAGCGUUUCUGCAACCGCCUCGCCCGUGUGCGCCCACUGACCAAUCUGCGUGAGCCUCUGGCCGAGGGAUACUUCCCCAAGAUUAUUCGUAGCUUGAACAACCGUGCUUUCCCACCGCGUCCGCAGAACACCGUCUUGAGGGAUAUCAACCGUGUCGAUGAUGGUGUCAACUUUACCAUCAGCGAUCUGGAGCGCGUUGAGGCCCGCAUUGCGGAGAGUAUUGAUGGUGGAUACGUUGUAGCUCCCGGUGGCAACCGCGUUCCACUCGACGAAAGGACCGGCAUCGACGUGCUGGGCAACAUCAUGGAACCGUCAGCACUGUCGGUGAACAGCACGUUCUACGGCAACUAUCACGGCAACUUGCACAACAUCAUCGCGUACAGCCACGAUCCGGACAACCGCUUCUUGGAGGGAUACGGUGUGGUGGGCGAGUUCCAGACGGCCAUGCGCGAUCCUACCUUUUACCGUCUGCACGCGCAGGUGGACAACAUGUUCCACCGUUACAAGCGUACCCUGCAGCCGUACAACGAGAACCAGCUCGGAUACAACGGCAUCCAGAUCCAGUCGGUCGGCGUUCAGCUGAACCGUGCCAACGCUCCGGCCAACGUGCUGCUCACCUACUGGCAGCGCACCCAGGUCGAUUUGGCCACCGGACUCGACUUCGGACCGCAAGGAAACGUGUUCGCCUCGUUCACCCAUCUGCAGCACGCACCGUUCACCUUCCGCCUGGCGGUGAACAACACCUCCGGAGCUGCCCGCCGUGGAACGUGCCGCAUCUUCAUCGGCCCGAAGGUGGACGAACGCAACACUACGUUGACGAUGGAGGAGCAGCGUCUGCUGAUGGUUGAGCUGGACAAAUUCAAUGUCAACUUGAACCCGGGUGUGAACAACAUCGUGCGCCGUUCGGAGCAAUCGAGCGUCACCAUUCCAUACGAGCGCACGUUCCGCAACGUGUCCGCGUCGAACAACAACGUUCCGGAGACGGAAAUGUUCCGCUUCUGCAACUGCGGCUGGCCGCAUCAUCUGCUGAUCCCGAAGGGUGCUCCGGAGGGCAUGCAGUUCGAUCUGUUCGCAAUGAUUUCCAACUACGCCGACGAUACGGUCAACCAGGAGUUCGAUGAGAACGUCAACUGCAAUGACUCGCACUCAUUCUGCGGUCUGCGCGAUCAGCUGUACCCGGAUCGCCGUCCGAUGGGCUAUCCGUUCGAUCGCCGUAUGCCGACCGCCGUCAGAACCCUGGGUGAUUUCCUGCGCCCCAACUCCAACAUGGCGAUGACUCAGGUGCAGGUUCGCUUCACCAACACCGUGAUUGCCAGAACUUAA